AUGAACAAGGUCCUCCUCAUCGCUCUUUCAGCUUCCGGCGCUCUCGCCGCGGUGCAAUACUCGCCCAGCUUCCCCCUCCUCGCAGUCCGUCAAGUCGUCGAAGUUCCCUGCGCGGACCAGGGCCUCAAAGACUGUGGUACCGGCUGUAUCCAAGAAGACUGGACCUGCUGUCCCAGCAAAGCCGGCGGUUGUCCUCCGACUGCCUACUGCGAAGUAGGCACCAAUGCGCAGUACGGCUGCUGUCCCAACGGCAGCGUCUGCAAUGGCGAAGGAGGCGGUAGUACUCGCGCCGAGACCAACACUCUUACUCUUUCCGGUGGAGGUACGACUACUGUUGUUCAGGGCGGCGUGAACACGGGCGAGACUCAACCUCCCGUUGUUGAGGGAUCUUCGACUGCGGUUAUUGUUCCUCCUCCUGUUGAUACCGCUUCUGUUCCUCCUGUCCUCCCCAACCCUGGUACUCCUGUUCCUCUGCCCAGCCCAGAGACUCCUGGUGUUCCCGUCGUUCCUGUUCCUACACCCAGCACGGUUAUUGUCAACGGUGGAUCGUCCAACAGAUACAGCUUGUUUGGUGGUAUUGUGGCUGGUGUCGCCGCUCUCGCUCUUUAA